GCUAGCUUUUCGUCAUUUCUAUUUUUACUUCGCGUUGGAUUUGUUUGUAUUGCAUUGCAAAAUGUUAUUUUGUCGUCGAUUUUGACAUGUUUGACAGACUCUGUGGAAUUAAUCUGAACUCGAGGAUACAGAUCGUUGGUAGGCAACUGGCUGGUUGAAAAUUAAUAAUUUGUAGGAAGUUGUACAAAAGUUGGCAGUGUCACUGGUAGUCUGCCUGUACUACUUGUAGAAUGAGUAGUUACAGCAGCCAUAACUACCCAUACCAGAUAGGUAGUCACCAGCCGCCCGCACAGCCUCCGCAGUACAGUUCCUACACGCCACAGCCGACCGCGCACUUUCCCCAACCCCAACUGCAAUACCCUCAGCCCCCAAGCUUCCCCACUCCAUCCCCGUCCCAGCCGGAGCCGCCCCGCUACCCUCAGCACACACCCGUAGACAACGUGCCCGUCAGCAUGCCCCUGCUGCAGAGGUCAGAACCAGACCGCAGCCCGGGUAGCCAGGAGAUUGGGGACCCGCGGUUUGUGCUGCUGUACAGCAUGGAUAGCGAGGAACUGAGCGCUCUCCUGGAAGACGAGGAGAAAUUCAGUGAGGUGGUCACGAACAUGGAAGAGGUGAAACAGAAGAAGUUGGAAAAGGAGAUGGCGAUGGCGGAGAACCGCAGCCUGGCCGAAUUCAACCUCUCAAGGGAGCCCCGCCUGAACGAGGGCCGGGCACAGCUCAUCGAACGCCUCCACGAGGCGCAGAAAAUCAGAGACUCCUACAUCAUGGGGAAAGCCAAGCUCGAGUCAGUGAGAGAACAGACUUCAUUGGACGCAGCACUAGCCUUGAUGCAAGCUGAUACGGCAAAGGCGGAAGACGACUCGGAGGAAAUCGCCGAUGACUUCCUAAAGGGAGACUUGUCGGUAGAGGACUUCAUUGAGAAGUUCAUGCCCAUGCGACAGACGGCCCAUCUGCGGCACAUCAAGGCGGAGAAGAUGCAGGAGAUACUCAACAAGCAGGGGCGGGGACAGACUGCCACCUCCUCUGCCCCACAAGGUGCCACUUCUCAACAUUCAUCCAUGCCGCCCUACGGUCAACCCCAUCAUGCCCCGCCCUCCAUGUCCCACUACCCGCACAAUACGCACGGUGCCCCGCCCUACAGCUACCAACCACAGAGGCCAGCGCCCAGAUUACCCUACCAGGGUCCCAACUACGGUCCAGGGGCCCCACCCAGGAUGCCCACGCUGGGCUCAUAUCCGCACUAGAUGCCAGUUUUCUUCCUCGUGUGUGUGUGUGCACAGAAAAUUAAAGCUAAGCUCAGGCAUGCCCACGCCCCAAUAUAGUGGCUUUGGUUGACCACAAGUGAAGAAUUUCCACUUGUAUGUAUGUACGCUGCAGGAAUACCAGGGCCUAAAAAAACGGCAGCAUCGGGGAUUUCAGGCUUUUUCAUAUAAAACGGACUAAUUUCAGGCCUUUACAAGGUACCUGUAUACAUGUAGUUAGGUUCCUCUGGCUGUAUUUGCAGGCUCUGGUAUCCCUGCAGCAUAUUCCAUUGAUUACACGCAUGCAUACGUGUCAGUCCCUUAAAUGUAACUGAGGAUUCCAUGCUUAUGGUUUCAGCACAAUAUUUUGUAUGCUGGCAUGUGCUGUAACCUUAGAAAGAAGAUCAUACGAGGGCAGAGUGCCACGGUAAGCAAAGCCACAAAACUGGGCCCAGACACAAAAACCUAGCACAUGCUUGGCAGUCUUGUAGAUUUUUUCACUAACUUACACCAAGCCCCUUAUUUUCUCUGGCACAUUUAUGCGGCAGGUAAUUCCCCAACCCUGGAAAGCCAAAUUGAUUGGCUGCCAAGCAAAGAUUUUUAUCAAAAGGGCUAAGUCUGUGUGGAGCUGCUGAGCAAGUUUCUGUUGCAAGCAAAAGUUAUCAGGGAACCGGUCAUAAGCAAUAUAUACAAGCAGUUUUUUGGCUGGUAGAAUGUUUCUUUGCAGGUAAUAUGUUCAUGUGCUUUGCAGAUUUCUGCGCUUAGUGGAGCACCAGGCAGAAAUAAUAUGCACUGUUUGGCAUUUUGCCCGGUGCACAAUUGCAGCAGUGUUGCAGUCGAGGCCAUCAAAACACCAGACGCAAGUUACAGGAUAAAAAAGACCAAAGGAAUGGUUUUGUUGCUGCUCAAUUGAAAAGCUUGCAACUUGAUUUCAGACUGGAGGUCUCGAAUUGGUCUUGUGGUGGUUUUCAGAGGUCUCAACAACAACACUGAGUCGCAGCUCAGCAGAUUGCUUUCUGCCUCGGCAAUCUCAUCCACACUUUCAAUUACAUCUUGAAAACACUAUCGAAAAUCAGCAAUUUCACAUGCUCCGCAGCACCAUAAUCUGGAAGAAAUAAGCCCACUUCCCUGAAUUCUCGUGGUUUGAUUACUCUGACCAGAUUUCAAAAUCGCCAUGUAAUCUGAUUUAUUAAGCCAAGCUAAACUACUGCAGUGGGCAAAACAUAAUCGCUUUAUUCCAGUCUGGUUAGAGGUGAUUUCCUUUGUAAGCAUUGUAGUAAGCAGCAUAGAGAUGUAGAAAAUGCCGCGAUUGUAUGUACUCUUAAAAAUUUGCAAAUUGGGUAGUGCUUACCGGGGAGAGACACCUUUCUGUGGAAGGGGCAAUGGGUUCGGGCAUAAUACCCAACUCCACCUCCCCUUUCCUAUUUCCAAAGGGGGGGGGAGACAACUCUUAAGCUCCACCCCCAUGCUCCCCCUUCUCAUUUGAAGUGGGUGCACCAUUUGCAUGCAUCUACUUCAGUGGGUUUUUUUUCCAGUUUAGAAUUAGGAAUGUGUAGCGGAUAUUGUGCACGUUCAUCAACAUCUCUCUGUUGGGGCUGAUUACUCUUAUAACUUUGUUUAUAGAAUUUGGCCCAAGUGUGCAUGCAGAAUUUUAUUUUAUUCAUGGGAUAAUGGUUGGAAGUAGUUGAUUUCCAAAAAAUAGUGUGGAUUCAGUGCCCCUGUAUUUGCUCCAUUUAUGGCAAGGAAGUUGCCCUUUUAAUCGGAUUGAAAAAUUAAUUAUCAGAUGGGAAUUUCAUUGACAUGUAGGUAUACGUAUUUAACUUUUCCCGUCUUUCAUUCACCAAAAUACAGGAAAUCACAGUAAUUGUAUUUUCAGUACAAUGACAAAUUCAACAUGGGAAAUUCAUUUUAAUCAAUUACAUUCAUUUCAUUUUUUUUUCUUCUGAGGAGGCCUAGAGUUACUGAAUCAACCACGUUUGACUUGCCACAAAACCAUGCAAGCAAAGUGGUCAUAUCUGGAGGUCCCGAACUAUAUGAUUAAAAAGUGAAUUUCUGUAAGACAUGACCAGCAUGGCCACAAAGUUGUAACAUUUCGUAUGGUGUGUGCUCCGUAAUUCAUCAGAUACUCCCUUUUGUGUUUUUAUUUAGAUAUUUUUCACUGACUCAGAUUUGUGGUCACGAUCAUUCUUUGACUUGUUUCACUGAUGCAGAGGAACUUGCUUCACUGUCAUAUAUUCCUUUGAUUGUUGAAAUGCAUGCAUCAUGUACAGUGAAAAACAAAUUGUUUAUACAUGUGAUAGUAAACGUUGUAAAUAAAAUGAAUAUUCUUUGGAAAUUUAA